AUGUCGCGUUUACGGACCUUGGCCACUCUGGUGCUACUCUGCAGUCUUUGUGGCAGUGGAAAGACUGCUGACUAUGAUAUCAUAGCAGAUGAUAAAACAUUUCUGGAGAAUUGUUAUGGCAAGGAUAAUAAAGACUAUUUAUCGCUUCUGGAUAUCAUAGAUAUUUCGGGACUGCAAUAUACGGUGGCUGAUGAUCUGGAAACGAUUUAUGUGAAUGGCAAUAUUGUUUUCAAACUUAGCAUUCCGGACGAGCCCAUCAAAAUACAUGUGGAGGUGUGGCGCUGGGAUCGUGGUGUCUGGAAACCAACCUUAUACUCAAUGAACCGCCCAAAUUUGUGCCAAGCAAUUCGCAAUCCUCUGGAGCUUUGGCAUUCGAUUAUAAGAAAAAUUUCUGACAAGCAGCUCGUUUGUCCCCCACAGAAAGAUGGCAUCUAUACGUUUAGGAACUUGACGAAUCGUCUGGAGUUGAACAAUGUGCCCCGCUGGGAUGUGGAGGAAAAAAAAAAAUUCCAUCAGCUAGCCAUGCCGUAUAGCUACGUGGUAUCCGUGGACUUUGAGGCCACUUGCUGGGAGAAACAGUCCGCACAGCAGUGGCGUAUGGCGGAGAUUAUAGAAUUCCCCGCCGUGCUGGUCAACCUGAAGACGGGCAAAUUCGAGGCCGAGUUCCACAAGUAUGUGCGGCCGAUGGAGUCGCCCCGUCUAAGCAGAUUCUGCACUGAACUGACGGGCAUUCAACAGAAGACUGUCGACAAUGGUGUGCCUCUAUGUGCUGCACUCAGGAUGUUCCACGAUUGGCUGCUCAAGGAGUUGCGUGCCCGCAAUCUGACACUCCCCAAGAUGCACAGGGACAACAUGCAGGGCAAUUGUGCAUUCGUGACCUGGACCGAUUGGGACUUUGGCAUGUGUUUGGCCAGGGAGUGCAGUCGCAAGCAUUUGCGGAAGGCCCCGUAUUUCAAUCAGUGGAUAGAUGGGCGUGCCAUCUACAGGGACUACUACAACUAUCGUCCUUGCAAUUUUACGGAUGCCCUAACUCAUGUCGGACUCGCAUUCGAAGGACGUGCCCAUUCCGGCAUCGAUGAUGCCAAAAAUCUCGGCUCGCUUAUGUACAAAAUGGUGCGCGAUGGCGCCAUCUUCUCAAUUACAAAGGAUCUAACGCUGCAGUAUUAGCUGCUCCUUUCCAAGUGUCUGUUGUGACUCCACAUUUGGGAGCAUUUGUUAAUUAUAUAUUUUUUAUAAUUCUCCAUCUUGAACUCUGUAUGUGUAUGUUGUAAGUGUAGAUUGUGGAGUCUAAAGUGGA